UUACAGGAACUCAUGGAGCCACAAACUGGGACCAACAAAACCACUGUUGCUGAGUUUGUUCUCCUGGGUCUAGUGGAAACUGAAGAGAUGCAGUCCGUGGUCUUUGUACUCUUUCUCUUUGCCUACCUGGUCACUGUCGGGGGCAACCUCAGCAUCCUGGCUGCCAUCUUAGUAGAGCCCAAACUCCACACCCCCAUGUACUUCUUCCUGGGGAACCUAUCCAUGCUGGAUGUUGGAUGUAUCACUGUCACUGUUCCUGCAAUGUUGGGUCAACUCUUAUCCCACAAGCGUACAAUUUCCUAUAAUGCCUGCCUUACACAACUCUUCUUCUUCCACCUUCUGGCCGGGAUGGACUGCUUUCUGUUGACUGCCAUGGCCUAUGACCGAUUUCUGGCCAUCUGCCAGCCCCUUACUUAUAGCACCCGCAUGAGCCAGAUGGUCCAAAGGAUGCUGGUGGUCAUGUCCUGGACUUGUGCCUUUACCAAUGCACUGACCCACACUGUAACCUUAUCCACACUCAACUUCUGUGGCCCCAAUGUGAUCAAUCACUUCUACUGUGACCUCCCACAGCUCUUUCAGCUCUCCUGUUCCAGCACCCAGUUCAAUGAGCUGCUGCUCUUUGUAGCAGCAGCCUUUAUGGCUGUGGCCCCUUUGGUUCUCAUCACUGCAUCCUAUGCCCAUGUGGCAGCUGCAGUCUUGCGAAUCCGCUCUGCAGAGGGCAGGAAGAAAGCCUUCUCUACCUGUGGCUCUCACCUCACUGUAGUGGGCAUCUUCUAUGGGACAGGUGUCUUCAGCUACAUGAGGCUUGGCUCAGUGGAAUCUUCAAAUAAGGAUAAAGGGGUUGGGGUUUUCAUGACUGUUAUCAACCCCAUGCUGAACCCACUUAUCUACAGCCUCAGAAAUACUGAUGUUCAGGGUGCUCUGUGUCAGGUUCUUAUGGGGAGGUGGUCCCUGAUCUGA